AGGGGCGAAGCAUAAACAGCGGGCGGGAAAGGAACUUCGCGGGGCGAACCCUUGGGUGGACAGGUUUUUCUAUUCUUUGUUUCCUGAAGUGGGUGCACAUGUCCAGAUGAAUGUGGCCAGCAAGAAAAGCAUUGGAUUCUCAAGAUGAAACACAACCGUUCAUGUCUCCGGUGGUAAACCAUACCAGUCUCCUCCGAUUGGGGCUGAGCUUGAGCUUCCAACAGCAUGUUUGGAUCAGAGCUUGAUCUGUAAGAGGCCUGGCUGGUUGCUCGUCCAGAGCGCUGGCUGCCUGGCUGAAUUCCGGUUUGUAAGCCAAAGUCAGCUUGCUUCAAGACAGGACGUUCCAGGCAUUUCCUUCGCCAUGUUGCUGCUCAACUUGCUAACCAUGGCCAUGGCAGUAGCGGACACGUGCCAGGUUGAACAAGUGAAGGGUCGAAAUUCAUGUGACACGAAGAAAGUCACCUUAGAGCACUAUGCCAUUCUCAUGUUGUACUACUUGACCCCGCUGCGCAUCGAAAGGGAUGAGUUUACGCUGAAGGUCGCGCUGCCUCCUCAUGCGGAGCUGAACAAGGGUUUUGCAAAAGACAUUUAUGUGAGGAUGCCGGAGCUGAUCAAUAUGACUUGCAGGUUCGAGACUACUGGUACGGAUGACUUUCCCAACGCUUGUAGUGGCAAAUUGACAGGUGAGGUGAUGAUGCUUCGUCCUGGGCUGCCAACAAUUCCAGGAGAUAAAGUCCAGGACGUGCCUGCUGAUUUGGUGAAGAAGAGAGAAUCUUUUACUUACGGUAUGGCUUUGUACAUCUACAGCAGCUACAAUCAUAAAGAUCGUAAGGUUCAUGAACUCAUCGAGCUGAAGUUUGCACUGGGCCCAGACGGUAUUUGCUCUGUUGAAUGCCAGCUCACGUCAGGGCAGUGCUUUGGCAUGAGCGCGGCUUUGUCACGUCCGCCACGUGCGCCUGUGCAUUGUCCAGCACCACCGGCUGUGAAUGGCACCUCGCCACGUUUUUGUCAAAUUAAAGCCAAGCCUGUUCCACCCAGGCUGGGGGUAGGAUCUGCGGUGGUGAUCGUUCUCCUGGUGUUGGGAGUCUUGGGUUUGGGCUGCACAUUUGUGUUUCAUUGGCGUCGACAGAGGGUGGUGGAAGAACAGGCACUUCGAAGGGCACAGGAAGUUGAGCUCAGCUAAGACUUUCAGUGCUUCAAGUUGCACUUGGCAAGGAAAGGAGCUUGUUCGCUAGUGAUCGCUAGUGCUAUUGUACCAUUGGCAAGCCACCGAGAAGACAAGUGUCACAAUGUGCUGCAAAAACAGUCUGAUAUUCCAGUGAUGGUGUCAUAACCACCAAUGAGAACA